UCUCUGUGAGCUGAGCCCUGAUGCAGCACUGGGCCCGGCGCCUAGAGCAGGAGAUCGACGGUGUGAUGCGGAUCUUCGGCGGUGUUCAGCAGCUCCGUGAGAUCUACAAGGACAACCGGAACCUGUUUGAGGUGCAGGAGAAUGAGCCUCAGAAGCUGGUGGAGAAGGUGGCAGGGGACAUUGAGAGCCUACUGGACAGAAAGGUGCAGGCCCUGAAGAGACUGGCCGAUGCUGCAGAGACCUUCCAGAAAGCCCACCGCUGGCAGGACAAUAUCAAGGAGGAAGACAUCAUGUACUACGACGCCAAGGCUGAUGCCGAGCUGGACGACCCCGAGAGUGAGGAUGUGGAGAGAGGGUCCAAGAGCAGCACCCUGAGGCUGGACUUCAUCGAGGACCCAAACUUCAAGAACAAGGUCAACUAUUCAUACACGGCCGUGCAGAUCCCCACAGACAUCUACAAAGGCUCCACUGUCAUCCUCAAUGAGCUGAACUGGACAGAAGCCCUGGAGAAUGUGUUCAUCGAGAACCGCAGGCAGGACCCCACGCUGCUGUGGCAGGUCUUCGGCAGCGCCACCGGAGUCACCCGCUACUACCCAGCCACCUCCUGGCGAGCCCCCAAGAAGAUUGACCUGUAUGACGUCCGCAGGAGACCCUGGUAUAUCCAGGGGGCCUCGUCACCUAAGGACAUGGUCAUCAUCGUGGACGUGAGUGGCAGUGUGAGUGGCCUGACGCUGAAGCUGAUGAAGACGUCUGUCUGUGAGAUGCUGGACACGCUGUCUGAUGACGACUUUGUGAAUGUGGCAUCGUUCAACGAGAAGGCACAGCCUGUGUCUUGCUUCACACACCUGGUGCAAGCCAAUGUGCGUAACAAGAAGGUGUUCAAGGAGGCCGUGCAGGGCAUGGUGGCCAAGGGCACCACCGGCUACAAGGCUGGCUUUGAGUAUGCCUUUGACCAGCUGCAGAACUCCAACAUCACCCGGGCCAACUGCAAUAAGAUGAUCAUGAUGUUCACGGACGGCGGUGAGGACCGUGUGCAGGACGUCUUCGAGAAGUACAACUGGCCCAAUCGGACGGUCCGUGUGUUCACCUUCUCUGUGGGGCAGCAUAACUACGACGUCACCCCGCUGCAGUGGAUGGCCUGCACCAACAAAGGUUACUACUUCGAGAUUCCUUCCAUCGGAGCCAUCCGCAUCAACACGCAGGAGUAUCUGGACGUGCUGGGCAGGCCCAUGGUGCUGGCAGGCAAGGAGGCCAAGCAGGUGCAGUGGACCAACGUGUAUGAGGACGCACUGGGGCUGGGGUUGGUGGUCACAGGGACCCUCCCUGUGUUCAACCUGACGCAAGAUGGUCCUGGGGAAAAGAAGAACCAGCUGAUCCUCGGGGUGAUGGGCAUCGACGUGGCUCUGAACGAUAUCAAGAGGCUGACUCCCAACUACACGCUUGGAGCCAACGGCUACGUGUUUGCCAUCGAUCUGAAUGGCUACGUGUUGCUGCACCCCAAUCUCAAGCCCCAGGUGAGCCAGAAGGGUGACUGGAGGGUGGGGGAACCCUGUAAGGUGAGAACACCUGACGUCCUGCCCUGCCUCCCCCAGACCACUAACUUCCGGGAGCCCGUAACUCUGGACUUUCUGGAUGCAGAGCUGGAGGACGAGAACAAGGAGGAGAUCCGGCGGAGCAUGAUCGAUGGCAGCAAGGGGCACAGGCAGAUCAGAACGUUGGUCAAAUCCUUGGACGAGAGGUACAUAGACGAGGUGACUCGGAACUACACCUGGGUGCCUAUACGGAGCACCAACUACAGCCUGGGGCUAGUGCUCCCACCCUAUAGCACCUUCUACCUCCAAGCGAACCUCAGCGACCAGAUUCUGCAGGUCAAGUUGCCAAUCAGCAAACUGAAGGAUUUUGAGUUCCUGCUCCCCAGCAGCUUUGAGUCUGAAGGACAUGUUUUCAUUGCUCCCAGAGAGUAUUGCAAGGAUCUGAAUGCCUCAGACAACAACACCGAGUUCCUGAAAAACUUCAUUGAACUCAUGGAGAAAGUGACUCCAGACUCCAAGCAGUGCAACAACUUCCUCCUGCACAACCUGAUCUUGGACACAGGCAUCACACAGCAGCUGGUGGAGCGCGUGUGGCGGGACCAGGAUCUCAACACGUACAGCCUGCUGGCCGUGUUUGCUGCCACCGAUGGUGGCAUCACACGCGUCUUCCCCAACAAGGCAGCUGAGGACUGGACAGAGAACCCUGAACCCUUCAAUGCCAGCUUCUACCGCCGCAGCCUGGAUAACCACGGUUAUAUCUUCAAGCCCCCACAUCAGGACACCUUGUUAAGGCCGCUGGAACUGGAGAACGACACCGUGGGCGUCCUUGUCAGCACAGCCGUGGAGCUCAGCCUAAGUGGGCGCACACUGAGGCCCGCAGUGGUGGGCGUCAAGCUGGACCUGGAGGCUUGGGCUGAGAAGUUCAAGGUGCUUGCCAGUAACCGCACCCACCAGGACCAGCCUCAGAAGCAGUGUGGCCCCAGCAGCCAUUGUGAGAUGGACUGUGAGGUUAACAAUGAGGUGCGUAUGCCCUGGGCCCCAGCUCCCCCACUUGUCCCAGCUGUGACUUCAAGCCCAUCCCCUAGCCUUUGGGUCCCAGCAGCCCCACCCCGACCUCACAGCCUAACCAGGAUGGGGGAUGCCCCCCACACACUGAACCAUUGGUGCGCCAGGGCCGGAAGUGGAGGGUCUGGGACCAGCCCCCUCUCCAUUUUCCUGUCCCUCCCCACCUCUCAGGACCUACUGUGUGUCCUCAUUGAUGACGGAGGGUUCCUGGUGCUGUCAAACCAGAACCAUCAGUGGGACCAGGUUGGCAGGUUCUUCAGUGAGGUGGAUGCCAACCUGAUGCUGGCACUCUACAACAAUUCCUUCUACACCCGCAAGGAGUCCUACGACUAUCAGGCAGCCUGUGCCCCCCAGCCUCCGGGCAACCUGGGUGCUGCACCCCGGGGUGUCUUUGUGCCCACCGUUGCAGACUUCCUUAACCUGGCCUGGUGGACCUCUGCUGCCGCCUGGUCUCUGUUCCAGCAGCUGCUCUACGGCCUAGUCUGCCACAGCUGGUUCCAGGCGGACCCCGCGGAGGCCGAAGGGAGCCCCGAGGCGCGCGAGAGCAGCUGCGUCAUGAAGCAGACCCAGUACUACUUCGGCUCGGUGAACGCCUCCUACAACGCCAUCAUCGACUGCGGAAACUGCUCCAGGCUGUUCCACGCGCAGAGACUGAGCAACACCAACCUGCUCUUCGUGGUGGCCGAGAAGCCGCUGUGCAGCCAGUGCGAGGCCGGCCGGCUGCUGCAGAAGGAGACGCACUGUAUCCUGCCCCCGCCCCCGCCCGCCCCGCGCGCGCCCCGUGCCGCCGCCUCCUUGACUCCCCACUCAUGCCCAGCGGACGGCCCGGAGCAGUGCGAGCUGGUGCAGAGACCGCGCUACCGGAGAGGCCCGCACAUCUGCUUCGACUACAACGCGACGGAAGAUACCUCAGACUGUGGCCGCGGAGCCUCCUUCCCUCCGUCGCUGGGCGUCCUGGUCUCCCUGCAGCUGCUGCUCCUCCUGGGCCUGCCGCCUCGGCCGCAGCCUCAAGUCCGCGCCCGCGCCCGCGCCGCCUCCCCCCGCCUCUGAGCGCCCCGCCCCUGCCCCGCCCCGACCCGACCCGACCCCCGCCUGGGAACCCAACCCGCCCCCAGUGAAGGUCCUGAGCUGGCGGGCAGCGUCCCGGAGGGAGGAGGACGCCAGCCUUUGGCUCCUAGGACCUGUCUCCCUGCGGAACUAGCCAAGUGUCCCCAGAUCCUGGACUCCAGCGGCUCGGACGGGGAGGCUACAUGUACCGGUGCCAAACCAGGCCUCCCCGCCCCACCCGGAGGCUCCCCUUGCCUAGGCAUCACCCUCAGCUGGGCUCCUCCAGUCUGCCCCUCUGCCCGCCCCCCCAGGCCCAGACCUGUUUUCCCUGGGAAUAAUGGAGGAAGGUGAGAUGGCAGCUUAAGGCCCGUGCAUCCAAGCUGAAGUCCUCGUGGGGGAGAGGUUCCGGGGCAGCCCCCCAUGCACGCCUGCCCCUUCCAGGCCUAGAGCCUUCGCCCCCAGCCUGCAAGUGUCGGGACAGUCUCACGGUGACAUCAGUUUAGACACAACUCACACGCAUCUGGAACCCAGAGAGCAGAAGCUAGCCGUAGCCUGGAGGGCAGACAGAGACACAGAGACGGAGACACACGCCGUGGGGGGAGAGCUCAAAAAAGCCUUACAGAGGUUGAGGCGUUGGUGGGAGGGUUGGCGCCUGCGCACUCCGUCUCCUACUCACCACCUGCCUCGCAUCCGAGCUGCAGCCAGCCAGUCCUCCCAUCGCAAAAGCUGAAUGUCAAACAGUGCCAAAUGCUAGGGCAGGGGGAAGACUCCUCUGUCCCACCCCAAGCCACCAGUGUCCUCCAAGUGCCCCUCACCUUGCCAGGUGCUCAUUGUAACCAUUUCUCACUAGUGUCAGGCCCCCAGAGGGAGCACAUGCCACUGCCUGCACCCCUUGGCAGAGAAACGCCCACAGGCAUUGCCCUUCUCCUUGCCAGGGGUGACUCGAUCUCUCCUGGCUGGGCUGUCCUGCCCCAGUCUGGCCCCUACGUACUCUGGCCUGUGCCUGUUCUCUGUAUCCUUUCUCUCUCCCUCUCUCCCUCUCUCCCUCUCUCUCUCUCUCUCUCUCUCUCACACACACACACACACACACACACACACACACACUCUCACACCCUGUCCCCAGGACGCCAAACUGCCCCUCCCCUGCUGAACACACACUGGCACACACACAAAAUGUACACACAAAAGCUGGGCCUGGCCACAUCUCUUCACACCAUUCAUUCCGGUCAUUUCCCCAAAGGUGUCCCAGCGUGGGGGCCAGUCGGGGAUUGAGGGCAGGGGGAUGUAGCCAUGGGGCUCAGAUGGACUGGGAGGAGGGGGGAGGGUGAUGCAUUAAUUAAUGGCUCCAUUAAUUAAUGACAUGUUGCUUGUCGCUUUCUCAGUGUGUAUGUAUGGUCCAUGCCCGCUGCUGGUGCCAGGGUGGGUAUCCAUGAUGUGCGCCCAGCCUGGCUGUCAGUUGUGUUCUGUGGGGGCGUGUGUGUAACUGUAGUGUAGUCAGGUGCUCCAUGGAGAUAUAAAAAUAAACAAACAAAAAUAAAUAUAUAUUUUAAGUUUAAAAAAAGCAGACAAAACAAUUCCCAUCAGGUAGUUGUCCAACCCCCAGCUGGGUCUGAUCCUUCUCAUCACCCACCUGACCUGGCUGCCCGCUCACUUGGGCUGGGGGGCUGGGGGGGCCAUUCCUUUUCUCUGCCCUUUUUUUUUGUUGUUGUUCUAUUUUGUACAGACGAGUCGGGAAAACAACAGCAACAAAAAAGUCAAGAAACUUUGUAAAAUAUCGUGUGUGUGAUUCCUUGUAAAAUAUUUUCAAAUGGUUUAUUACAGAAGAUCAGUUAUUAAAUAAUGUUCAUAUUUUCACUUCAAA